AUGCACACAAAAAAGAAAUCAUACAAGUGUCCUGAUUGCGGGAAAAGUUUCAUUGCAAAUUCCCACCUUAAACCCUUUGAAUGUCCUGAUUGUGGGAAAGGUUUCAGUCAGAAGUCUAGCCUGGUGAUUCACCAGAGGACUCACACAGGAGAGAAACCCUUUGAAUGUCCUGAUUGUGGGAAAGGUUUCAAUGGGAAUUCAGACUUGGUGAAACACCAGAGAACUCACACAGGAGAGAAACCCUUUGAAUGUCCUGAUUGUGGGAAAAGUUUCUAUCAGAAUUCUAGCCUGGUGAUACACCAGAGGACACACAUAGGAGAGAAACCGUAUGAGUGCCCAGAUUGUGGGAAAAGUUUCAGUCAGAAUUCCAACCUGGUGAUGCACCAGAGGACUCAUAUAGGAGAGAAACCAUAUGAGUGCCCAGAUUAUUGUGGAGAAAGUUUCAUUAGAAAAUUCCAACUCAUGAGUCACAAGAGGACACAUACAGGAGACAAACCCUUUGAAUGUUCUGAUUGUGGGAAAAGUUUCAGUCACUAUUCCAGCCUGGUGAAACACCAGAGGACUCACACAGGAGAGAAACCCUUUGAAUGUGCUCUUUGUGGGAAAAGUUUCAAUCAGAAUUCCAGCCUGGUGAUACACCAGAGGAUUCACAUGGGAGAGAAACCAUAUGAGUGUCCAGUUUGUGGGAAAACUUUCAGUCAUAAUUCCAACCUGGUGAAACACCAGAGGACUCACACAGGAGAGAAACCAUUUGAAUGUCCUGAUUGUGGGAAAAGCUUCACUCAGAAUUAUGAACUGGUUAAACACCGGAGAAAUCACACUGGAGAGAAACCGUAUGAGUGUCCAGAUUGUGGGAAAAAAUUCAAUUAUAAUUCCAACCUAGUGAACCACCAGAGGUCUCACACAGGAGAGAAGCUGUAUGAGUGUCCAGAGUGUGGAAAAAGUUUUAGUCAGAAUUCCAAUCUGGUGAGACAUCAGAGGACUCACACAGGAGAGAAACCCUUUGAAUGUCCUAUUUGUGGGGAAAGUUUCAGUCGGUACUAUAGCCUGAUAAACCACCAGAGGACUCACAAAAGAGCGAAACCUUUUCAGUGUCCUGAUUGUGGGAAAGGUUUCAGUCGGUUUUGCAUCCUGGUAAACCACCAGAGGACUCACACAGGAGAGAAACCUUUUCAAUGUCCUGAUUGUGGGAAAACUUUCAGUCAGAAUUCCAGCCUGAUGAUACACCAGAGGACUCACACAGGGGAGAAACCGUAUCAGUGUCCGGUUUGUGGGAAACGUUUUAGUCACAAUUCAAACCUAGUGAAACACCAGAGGACUCACAUGGGGGAGACCUUUCAAAUGUCCAGUCUGUGGACAGUACUUCAGGCGUAAAUCACUCCUUAUUUUAUACAAGGAAAUCAACAUGAGGCAAAAGUUGAUAAAUGUAGAGAAUGCUUGAAUUUCAUUUCUGAUCUCCCGUUGAGAGUGUGGGUGAAAAAUUGACUAUUUGUAUUCUGCCCUGAUACUUUUUAGUCAACAUAUCUCAUGAUUGUACCUAUAAUAGUGGAAAAUAAAUGAAA